UCUCCUCAGUCCUCUCAGUGUCCGCAUUUGAAAAAACUCAAAGGUCAAAGAUCAAUGCUUCUGGUUUCUUACUUUGUUUUUUAACAUUUCAUUUUAGUACAUAGAACAAAAGAUACUUUUGUUUUACAAAACAAAGUUUUUAUGCAAUUUAUUUUUUUCUUUUAGAACUGGUUGUUUUUAUUUUCUAAAAUGUAAUGUUUUUUUUUCAUUCAGAGGAGGCAGUCGUGAAAGGGGAUGUUGUGAAGGAAUCAGGAGGAGCUUUCGGGGCUGCAGCUGAGAAAUGGGAGCACCAGGUUGACAAGAUCUUCAUCGAUCUCAUUGAGAAAUAUACUUGCCAUCACGUGUUUGAGCCUAAACUGGUCAAGAAGGUGCAGCAGGAUCUCAGCAAUGUGGAUGAUGAUAUAAAAGUGUACCCUCAGACAGGUUAUGUUGUGGUGGUGGGAGAAACUGUUGUGGUGAAGGAGAAGGUUUCAGUUUUAGAGAAGGGUCUUACGUCCACCAUGAAGCUGCCAAUCACGGAGAAACACCUCAAGCUGAUAGAAGAAGAGUUCAGAAGAGAAAUGCAAGCUGAUUCUCCAGAAGUUAAAAUCAUCACACGUACCAACAUGGUAAUCUUGGAAGGCACUGAUGAGAAAGUAAAGUCAGGAGCUGCAAAGCUAGACGAGCUGGUCAAAAAGAUCAAAGUGAAGAGAGUUCAGCUCUCUCCGUGUUUGUCCGCCUUCAUGAAAACCAGCAACGCCGUCUCCAAAUAUGAAGCUCGAUUUCAGCAGAUUUUUAGAAGUCCUGUGUCCCUGGAAGUGGAUUCUGACCUGCAUCUGUCCAGUUUGUCCUCUGUUUCCCUGGAGGAGGCGCAGGCAACUCUGCUGAGAGACAUUGUUGUGAUCAGUGUUCAGCUGCAGGGGGCAGCCACGGUCCCUCCAGAGCAGAGAGAAAUUAUCAACAUGGCCAGAGAUGAGGUCAACUCUGUGGGUCUCCAAGUGGAGGUCAGCUUCAUCCCAGGUGUCAAUGAAACCACCGUGCAGCUAGUUGGCUACUCAGAAGAAGUCACCAAACUUAAAGAGUUUCUUCAUGAUUAUCAGUUGAAUCAAGCUCCCACUGAAGAGAUGAUCAAACUGCCAGAUCCAGAACUUGUGGAAUGCUUUGAUGAAAUGUUGAACAGGCUUGGAGUGAAUAUAACCAGUGUCACACUAUGGACAUCACAUGUCCCAUAUCCAUGUGUGAUUCUGUCUGGUCCCGGGGGUCAAGUUAAGGACGUACUUAAGACUCUCCAGCCUGUUGUAGCCAACCUAACAGUAGACUCUUUGGUCUUAAAUGGGCCAGGGGCUCUGCGAUACUUCCAGGGAGUUGGAAAAGUUAGCAAAGAUUUGGUUGAGACUUCCCAUAAGGUCAUUAUCAGGGAGCAGCAAGGAGUCACAAAUGUAAACGCCCAACAGCAAGACAGCAUCAGCAUCACAUACGUGACAUCGCUCAGACCAUCCAUUAACAGACAAUGCCAGAGCUCAGUUGGAAGUCCAGCAGCCAGUCAAAUAAAUCUAAAGAUCAGGCUUUGCUGUAUAGAGGAUGAACAGGUAAAUGUUUUUGUGGCUCCUGUUGUUAAGAAUCAGCUGAAAUCCAACAAUAUCAGUAAAUCCUUGCUAAGGAAAGGGGGCAGCAUUCUCCAAUCUCAGUUUAACGCAACAGCAGCAAACCAUGUCCUUCACCCUGGAGAAGUUCUUCAGGUCCCUGGACCUCCAUCUCUGCGAUGCUCCAAGAUCUUCUUCAUAGAGUGCUCGCCUUGGGAUGGUGUUGGAGGACAGAGUGUUCAGGCUCUAAGAAAAGGCCUGCAGACAUGUUUGGACCUCUGUGAACAGCAGGGCUAUAGCUCAGUGGCUAUACCGAUCAUUGGACAUGGAGUUAUUCUGAAGUAUUCUCUAACAGAUGCUAUUAAAGUGCUGACAGAGAAGAUUAUUGAGUUUGGAUCAUCUGCAACUUCCGGGUCUCUCACCAGCAUCAAUAUUGUGAUCCAUCCUGAUUAUUCGGACUCUGAGAAGACUUACCAUGAAGUGCACAAAAACCUUUGCUCAAGCAUGAACCACACAGGCCAAGCAAUAUUCAGGUCUCUCACCAGUGACCUUGAUGAAGUCAUUAUGGCUCUAAGAAAAGGCCUGCAGAAAUGUUUGGACCUCUGUGAACAGCAGGGCUUUAGCUCAGUGGCCAUACCGAUCAUUGGACAUGGAGUUAUUCUGAAAUAUUCUCUAACAGAUGCUAUUAAAGUGCUGACAGAGAAGAUUAUUGAGUUUGGAUCAUCUGCAACUUCCGGGUCUCUGUCCAGCAUCAAUAUUGUGAUCCAUCCUGAUUAUUCGGACUCUGAGAAGGUUUGCUUUUAA